ACAUGCACACUGUUUUUCUUGAAUUUCUCAUUGAAGCUGUUAAGUUUUAUCGCAUCUCUGAUCAGUGUGGUGAAGAUCUUUUGACUUGUGUGUUUUAUAAAUUGACAAUCCUUAUUUAAAAGGGGCAGAGAUGUCGUACUCCUUUUGAACACACUUGAAAUGGUGACCUUCCCUCUCAGCCACAUAGACAUGGCCACAUUGAUUGACUUCUAUUAACUCCAGCUGGGACAUGUCAACUUCAGUCUACAGCCAAUCACAAGUCAACACUAGGCUUAAAGAAAAAAACCCAGUCACACUGAAAUAAGGUUGUUUCAUGUGGUUGGAAGCAUAGGGCCGGAUGUGUGUGUGUGGUGAAAUGUCCUCAGCUGAGCUUGUUUUAUGUUCCGCUUUCGUUUUUCUCUGCUGACAUAGGCAGGCACUGCCUUUUAUUGGCUGCCAGCUGCACUUCUUCUUUCUUUUUAGUUCUCUUCUGGUCUGUUAUUAACCGAAACUUUUAUAUUUAUCUUAAAAGAUGGCGCUCACUCUUUUAUCCAUACUAAUUGUUGCCGUCCCUGUGAUCUAUUGCUACCCUACUGCCUUCCAAGACCUGGAGAAAAGUAACAGAAACAGAACCUCCAUUAAGUUCCUGGCUGUAGGCGACUGGGGAGGAGUGCCGUAUCCACCGUAUGCGACUGCUGUGCAAAAAGCCACGGCUCGAGAAAUGAGUAAAGUAGCGGAGCAGAUGGGAGCUGACUUUGUUUUGGCCCUUGGCGAUAAUUUCUACUACAAAGGUGUAAAUAGUGUGGAUUCCCCACGGUUUCAGGAAACAUUUGAGUCUGUGUACACGGCAAAGUCCCUCAGAGUCCCUUGGUAUGUUGUUGCCGGCAAUCAUGACCAUGCAGGGAAUGUCAAAGCCCAGAUUGAGUACACACACAGAUCUGACAGAUGGAAAUUUCCCUCGUACUAUUACGAGCUGAAUUUCCACAUUCCCAACACGGAGAAGACGCUGACUAUCAUCAUGCUUGACACUGUAAUGCUGUGUGGGAACUCUCUCGAUUUCGUGGACAAGAAGCCACAAGGACCCUUGUGUGCAGUCGAUGCCAACCGCCAGCUGACCUGGUUGCAGCAGAGGUUGGCUCGAUCCAAGGCAGACUUCCUGCUGGUAGCGGGCCACUACCCUGUCUGGUCUGUGUCUGAGCAUGGGCCCACAGACUGUCUGUUAAAGAGGGUUCAUCCUUUACUCAUUAAAUACAACGUCACUGCUUAUCUCUGCGGCCAUGACCACAAUCUGCAGUACCUUGAGGAGGCUGGUGUGGGCUAUGUAGUGAGUGGUGCCGGAAACUUUCUGGAUCCUGAUAUCCGUCACUGGAACCACGUCCCCAAGGGUUCUCUGAAGUUUUUCACGGGCCAGGCUUCAACAUUGGGAGGCUUUGUUCAUGCAGAAGUCACAAAUGACAAGAUUUUCCUGACUUUCUUCCAGGCUAAAGGUACUUCUCUGUAUCGUACAGUUCUCCACCAGAGGAAGAUGAACUAGACCAGCAAAUGAACUCAAUCUGUAGACUAGUUUCAAAUCGGUUAAGUGUAAGUGUGUGGAUUGUUUUUUUGUUUUUUUUUUUCUUUUAAGUGUGGCUUUAUUAUAUGCACAAAUCUAAGUAAUGUGUUUUUCUUAAAGGGAAGGAAUUUUAAUGUUAUGCUUCAGCUGAGUCAGUGACAUGAUCUUAACCUGAUUUACAACUGCAGCUUAAAAAAUUUAAUUUUUUAUGUUUACUUUUGACAUGAAUGCACAAUGAAUAAAAUUUCAUUUUCAA